AUGCUCCAUAAUGUUUUCUCCUUCCUCCUCGUUCGCAUGCAACAGGAUAACCUUCUGUUCUACUCAUCACGAUCACUUUCCGCCGUGGAUAACUUUUAUCCAUCCGCCCUCCGUGAUACCUUACGAGACCUUUGUGGUCUCGACAGUCCGUCCAAAACGGCUUCCACGGUGGCUCCCAUACUUUUCAGGGCAUCGCCCAUUGACCCGGCGCUUCGCUCCCCAGCAUCACCGGAUUCCUCGUCCCGCGAUCUCGCCAGCUAUAGCACGUCUUUGCCCGCGGACGGUCGCAAGACUCCCCAGCUUCCUUCGGCGUCUGAGCUAGCUCACUCCUUUGGAAACUCGGAUUCUACGCCGUCGACAACGUUACCACCACUCGACUCGAGACAGGACAACCUUGGUCUGCCUCGCAGCACGACUUCGCUGCCCGGGCUGUCAGCAUUGGCAUCGGUUGCAAUUGCGCCGACGUCAGAUCUCAGGUAUGUGAGAAUCCUCGGCCAGGAAUGCAGCGACUUCACUUCGUAUCCAUUUCACCGCGUCCCCUGGUGGUGGCUGCCGUGCAAUCACUCACUGCAACGUGCAACGUCUGUGUUUGUGUUGCUGCCUGAUUCCCCAGGCACCGACGCCGGACAGCAGCCACGCCGUCCCGUCCAAUUAAUCUCUCACUAA